AUGUCCAGUCUCGACGUCACCGCCGAGGGUCUUCCCCCGGAUUGGUAUCUCCCCGCCGUGAUUGGCCGCCGCCCACGGGAUGCCCCGGAGGGGAAAAGCCAGCCAGACGCCCGUUCGGAGCAGCGCAUCGAUCGCCUCGUCAUUCCUGAUUCUUCCCUGCUUUGCGUCCCCGUCGCUCCUCUUGACUCCAGUCCCUGCACUCCCUCACGUCCUCCCAGAGUCCAGAGUCCACAGUCCACAGUCCACAGUUCCUUAUCCGGCCUCGUGCUGUCUUCUCGACUUCUCCCCUCCCCCCUCCCCCGCCUGGAUCUGAUCUACUCCGCUCCUCCGCGGCUACUGUCGCCCCCCGAUCUUGACCGAACGACCGACCACCUCCACUCCACUCCUAACAACAGUAUAUCCUCACCCACGAUCCACCACCACGCUCCUCGACCGCAGCAAAAUACAGAAACGGUCUCUCUGAUCGAGCACACUCUCAACCCUCCAACGGUGCAGCGGCACAACCCAGCCCAUACAUCCAUCGACACAGCGCAACACAUGCCAUACCUACACUCUACACCGUCUCAACCACCCCCCACGACCCGCAACCACCACCUGAUAUCCCUCCUCAUCACCAUGUCCACCAACCGACCCUUUCUCACCAGCAUCCUCGCCGCCUUCCGUACCCAACCAAUCUUGAAAGCCCCAACUGCCGGCUCCCAAUCCGCCAGCGGGGGCCCAUCCUCCACGCUCUCCUCCACGCAAAUCGCCCAAGGCGCGCGAGCCAUCGCCACCAAAGCCACCAACACCGGUGGCAGCAACAGUAACGGCAACAGUGCCAGCAACAAUAACAACGGCAACACCAAUAACACCGACCCACCCUCCUCCUCAACCCACCACUACCACCACCACUCCACAGCCAGCAGAUCCCACUCCCACCACCGCUCCUCCCUCUCCCAGCCUGACCCCUCCUCCACCACGCAACAAUCCACCUCUUCUUCCUCGCCCAUCCCCGCCGCGUCGACCCCCAUCCCCAUCAACAACAGCCACGGCCGUCGACGGCGCGGGAGCGAUAGUUCCAGCGGCUCCGGCGGGUUCUGCGAUGCGCUGGGUCACGAGAAGUGGUAUAUUGGGGGGAGGACGCCUGGGGCGAAGAACGGUUUUAUCGUCUCGGGAUGGUGA